UUUGCUUCCUUCUGUUUGUUGUGUACGGACGUCCGUGUCUCCAUGGUAUUCGAAGGUUUGUCAGCUUCCUGGAUUCUGUUAUGAAUCCAAUUGUUAUGACACAGUUCACCUUUGGCGUCAUGGUUGCAGGAGUAACGCUCUUCCAAGCAACAUACAGUCCGAGCAACAGCACUAUUUUCAAGUGUGUCACAUGGCUUCCCAUGCCGAGCACUCAGAUUUUUCUAUACUGCUGGGGUGCCCACGACAUCAUGGACCAAGCUGAGGCCGUAAGCGAGGCGCUGUACAGCUGCGGCUGGAUGGAGGCGCCCGCCCGCUUCAGGCGCGCCAUGAGGAUCGUCAUGUGCUGCGCGCAGCGGCCGCUCUCCCUCACCGCGGGCCGCGUGUACGCCAUCAACAGGGCCACAUUCAUCUCCCUGAUGAAUGCAGCCUACUCCUACUACACUCUGCUGCGUCAGGUGAACGGGCGCGACUAG